GGGUGUGGUUAGCAUGUGGCAACAUCAGCCGAAUGUCAUCGCAGAUUGCCACCCGAACCGCCGUCUAUCUUUCUGUCUGUGCCAGGGAUGUCACUUCUCUUGUCCGCCCUGCGCCAGGCCCUGCUGUCGGCCAGCGCCGGACUGGUUGCCGUGGUUACGGUCUGGACGGCCAGGCUGUUGCUUCGACACGUUUGGUUCACCCGCCGGCUGUCCUGCUUCAGCAGGCCUCGUGCGGACUCUUGGUUGAUAGGUCACCUGGGCCAGAUGCAGAGCACCGAGGAAGGUCUCCUCCAGGUGGAUGACUUAGUGCAUGCAUACAAACACUCCUGCAGCUGGUUCCUGGGACCCUUCUAUCACCUGGUCCGACUUUUCCAUCCGGACUUGGUCAAACCCCUGCUAAUGGCACCCGCGAGUAUCACGGUGAAAGAUGAGCUCAUCUACGGUCAUCUGCGGCCAUGGCUUGGCCAGAGUCUGUUACUGAGCAACGGGGAGGCGUGGGCCCGCCGGAGGCGUCUUCUUACCCCUGCUUUUCAUUUUGACAUACUGAGGAACUACACUGCAACAUUUAACACCUCAGCAGACACCAUGCAUGAGAAGUGGCGGCGCCUGGCGGCGGAAGGCCGUGCCACCAUCGAGAUGUUUGACCAUGUCACUCUUAUGACCUUGGACAGUUUGCUGAAAUGCGCCUUCAGCUACAGCAGCAACUGUCAGGAGUCACGCAGCGAGUACGUGUGCGCUAUUGAGGAGCUGAGUGAUCUUCUGAUAGAGCGGCGCCAAAACAUCCUGCAUCACUGGGACUGGGUUUACUGGAAGACCCGGCAGGGGAAACGCUUUAAGGAGGCUUUAAAGAUUGUUCACAGUUUCACAAGGGAAGUGGUUCAGAGGCGCCAUGCGCUCAUCAAGACGUCUGAAUCCCCCGCCAUGCCUCGCAGGAAAAGAGAUUUCGUGGACAUCAUACUGCUCUCCAAGGACGGAGACGGACGAGGGCUAACAGACGCGGAGAUCGAAGCUGAGGCCAACACCUUCAUGUUUGCAGGUCAUGACACCACGGCCAGCGCCAUCUGCUGGACGCUGUAUAACCUAGCACGCCACGCGCACUUUCAAGACCAGUGUCGGAGGGAGGUGCUGGAGCUGAUGCGUGGGCGUGAGGGUCGGGGAAUAGAGUGGGAAGAUCUGUCCAACCUUCCUUUCACCACCAUGUGCAUCAGGGAGGCACUGAGGCUGCACUCGCCGGUCCAGGCCGUGACCAGGACGUACACUCAGGACAUGUCCCUGCCAGGCAACAGGACCGUUCCAAAGGGUGCCAUCUGUUUAGUCAGUAUUUACGGGACACACCACAACCCUGAAGUUUGGACAAAUCCACAUGAGUUUGAUCCUCAUCGAUUUGAAACUAUCAACCAAGAAGGACGCUCAUCCCAUGCCUAUAUUCCCUUCUCCUCAGGCCCCAGGAACUGCAUUGGUCAGAAGUUUGCACUUGCAGAGCUCCGUGUUGUGGUGGCAUUGACCCUGUAUCGGUUCCGCUUGACCCCAGGGGGGAACCCCAAAUCCGGCUCAGAAGAGGUUCGCCGUCUUCCCCAGCUUGUGCUGCGUGCGGAGGGCGGCCUCUGGCUGCAGCUGGAGCCUCUGACCUGACUGGCCUUAUCCCAGUACCAGAAUUGUAGUAGUCAAUAGUAUACCGAUGCAUAUACAUUUUUAGGAUACUCUCUUAUUAAUCAAUACCAAAAGUGUGGGAACUUCACACUUUUCAUUUGAGAGUCUGGAGGAAGGCUGGAGAGGAGCAAAAUCCAAGUUGCUUGAAAUCCAGUGUGAAGUUCCCACAGUCAGCAAUAAUUUGGGGAGCCAUGUCAGCUGCUGGUGUUGGUCCACUGUUUUUCAUCAAAUCCAGAGUCAAUGCAGCUGUGUACCAAGAGAUUUUAGAGCAUUACAUGCUUCCAUCUGUUGAAAAGCUCUACGGAGAUGAUGAUUUCAUUUUCCAGCAUGAUCAGGCACCUGCCCACAGUGCCAAAACCUCCAGUAACUGGUGUACUGACAAUGUCCUUGAUUGGCCUACCAACUCCCCUGACCUGAACCCGAUAGAUAAUUUGUGGGGUAUUGUGAAGAAAAAGCUGAAAGACAACAGACCCAAUAAUGCAAAUGAGCUGAAGGCCGCUAUUGAAGCAUCCUGGGCAUCCAUAACACCUCAGCAAUGCCACAGGCUGAUUUGCCUCCAUGUCACGCCGCAUUGAUGCAGUAAUCCGUGCAAAAGGAUUCCCACUCAAGUACUGAGUGCAUUAAUUGACAUUUUCAAAUGUUUGAUUUUGUUUUGCUGUUAUAAAUCUUUUUUUUUCACUCGGUCAAAGGAAAUAUUAAAUUUUUUUGAGAUAGCAUUUUUGACUUUUCUUAAGCUGUUUGACAAAGUCAGCAAUAAUAAAAGAAUAAAAGGCUUGCAAUAUUUCA